AUGGCAUCAUUGGAGCUCGCCAAGCUUCCAUCGUCCAAGUUCUGGCCAGAAAACGCUGAAGAGGAAGUGCGUGAGAAGACUCACAGUUUCUGCGCUCCAGUGCAGAAUUCAAACAAAGUGAACUUGGUGAACUUGGAGUACCUCCAAAUCCUUCGCUAUUGGGACGACGAUUUUGGGCUUCACCCAGGCAGUCCUUUGUGGCAUGGAGCCAGCAAGAUGAUGAUCAGGAAUGUGCCGGCUAGAUGCGCGCAAGCAGAAAUCGAAGACAUGAUUUCCUCCGUGAUGCCAGAUUUCAAGCUGCAAAUGCCGCGGGCGUCAGAUCGCAAAUGCAAAGGUUAUGCCUUCGUUGAACUUGGUGACCACCUGGGUGACCGACGAAUGAGACGCUUGGCAGCUUUCUUGUGGCAGAGGCCUGUGCCCACGAGACAAAGUUCUCGAACCUUGAAGAUUCAUCCAGCCGAGCUUGAGGUGAUGAAUGUCAACUGUGUACAAUUUCAGUGA